CGUGAACAAUCACAACAAAAUAUGGAGCAAAGUUUUGAGAAUAUAGUCAGAAAUGAAAAUGGUGACAUGAACAACUUAUCAAAUCUUGUUACGGUUCAACAAAAAGAUUUAAAGGUUUUGGUGGAAAAUAGCUGCCACAUGAAAAUUAAGAUCAAUCAAAUGCUUAUUGUAAUGAAACAAAUGCACGACAAACUUAAUCGAUGUCUUGCUCCUAUUAUAUCCUCAUCAGGUGAUACAAAUAUUAAUAUUAGAUCAUACUUUCCGUUGAAAGAUGAAACACAACUCGAUUAUGUAGAUACAAUGAUACUAGAAAAUGCAGCAUUUAAAAACCAGUUGAUGAAUGAACUGUCUAUAAUUGGAGGUGACGAUAUUCGUUCAAAAACAUACAAUGCCAUGAAAUACAUAUUUUCUAACAAAUUGGCCACAGUAAUAACAUAUGCAGGAAUGAGCAAAGAGAAAAAGGCAUUAAAAAACUAUCAAAUGCAUGAUAUAAUUCUAGAUGCAGUAAGAAGCAGUUGUCCCCAAGGAACGACAAACAGAGACAUAAUCAGACAUAUAAUGUCGUGGUUUAAGCAUGCCAUUGACAGGUAUAGAAACGAGUAUAAACGACAGGUCUGAAAAUGACCUUAUUAGUAAAUCUAAAACUAUUCUAAAUAAACUUAUAUUCUUAAAUAAUUAGCUAAUCUAAAACAUUAUUGAAAAGACUAAUUAUUAUAAAAUAAUGUAUAACUUAAAUAAUUGUAUAUAUAUACGUGUAUUAUAGUGACUUAUAGUAUUAUACAUACUAGUAUUGUGAUCAAUAAGUAUAUAAGUAUAUGCUCUGUGUAUAUACCGUACACAUGUAAAUAUUCAAAUGUAGUACCAAAUAUAUUUAUUAAU